AUGGAACCUUACUCAACAGCGCAGCAGGAAGUGGUGGCAAGCUUGGCCUACCUGUCGACGAUCUGCCGGGAGACACCACAAAGGCAGAGUAUCCGUUUGUGGCUGUGGAGUUUGAUAUCUUCAAGAACACAGUGCCAACCAGCAGGGAUCCAUGUGGGAAUCGACAUCAACUCUCUCAAGUCAAAUAUUACCAUGCCUUGGAAUGACGAUAUUGCACAAGGAAAACAAAACAAUGUAUGGAUUAGUUACAACUCUAGCUCAAAAAAUCUUAGCGUUGCCUUCACGAGUUUUCUAAAUGAUACAAAUGGUAUCCAAGUGGAGAUAACCAGUUAUCUUUCUUACAUUGUUGAUCUAAAACAAUACUUGCCGGAUUGGGUCAUUGUUGGGUUCUCUGCUGCAACCAGUAAUGAGCUUGCUGUGCAUAAGAUCCUCUCAUGGAAUUUUACUUCAACUGCUCUGGUUGAUGAGGGCAACAAACCAGUAUUUCCUGCGUCAAUCCCCGCUGUUAAACCUAAGUCAUCAGGAAGUGCCAAUAUCAGACUCUUCAUUGGUUGGGUGGCGGUGAGAAGGAGAGCAGCAGGGGAACGUGAUGAGAACACUUUUGUUAAUAAACUGAUUCAUGAGAAACUUGAAAAGGGGACUGGCCCUAGGAAGUUUUCAUACCGUGAGUUGGUUCGAGGAACGAGUAAUUUUGAGGAGGGAGAGAAGCUGGGAGAGGGUGGAUUUGGUGGGGUUUAUAGAGGCUUCAUAAAAGACUUAAACUCAUAUGUUGCGGUUAAGAGGAUAUCCAGCGGAUCUAAGCAAGGUUUGAAGGAGUAUGCAUCAGAAGUGAGGAUUAUCAGUUACUUAGGCAUCGAAAUUUGGUGCAACUCACUGGUUGGUGCCACGAAAAAAGCUCGUCUAUGA